AUGUCAGGAGAACCGUCAACCGGCACCCAUAUGGCAAUUUCAAGUAAUUCGUUCAACGAUCCUCCACCAUCUUUUGCCGAGUCUCAAAGGCAGAAAUAUCUUCAAAAUGAUCAAAAUACUGCAAGGAUACAAAUUCCGGAAACUCCAAUUAAUGAAACGAUGUUAAAAUCUACUUCAACUCCGUCUCGGACUCCAAACCUAAGUAAUUCUUGGGAAUUUGCUGGUUCUCCUGAACCUUUAAAAUCAAAACCUAUUUUACUCGGUGAAUGGCGUGCUACUAGUAUAUCCGGAAAUGAUCUUGUUGCAUCAGUUCUUUAUACUAUUGGAAUAUGUACGACUGUAGCUGGAAAAUUCGCUCCCUUAUCAUUGUUGAUAAUUUCGAUUAUCCUUUACCCAUACAAAAAUAUUAUGAACGAAAUUGGUACCGCCUUACCUUUAAAUGGUGGCUCUUAUAAUGUCCUCUUAAAUACGUCUUCAAAAUGGUUUGCAUCGGUUGCUGCUGCUUUAGAGUUAUUAGAUUAUGUGGCAACAGCUGUUGUUAGUGCUGCAACUGCUGCAUCUUACCUUUCCGGCGCUUUGAAUUUGUCUAAUUCUGUCAUGUUUUGGCUUACUAUUGGCAUUAUGGUAUUAUUUGCUGGCAUUGUAAUGUUAGGACUCCGGGAAUCUUCUAAUGUCGCUUUU